CUCUUUCCAUUUACAAAUUUGAUUCAUUCUUUCUAUUUCUAUGUUUGAAAUUGAAUGUUAAAAAUCAUAUUUUUGAAAUUUUAAACCCAGAUUUCAACGAUUGAAUGUUAAAAAUCAUAGCUUGGAAAGUUUCCUUUUUUGGGAUUUUUAUGUAAAAAUGAAUAAAAUCUUCCGAUUAAUUUUCAAUCAUAUAUUUGAAAUUCAAACCCAGAUUUCAACGAUUGAUUGGGGUACACAAUCACACAAAGAUAGCUUAGAAAGUUUCCUUUUUUGGGAUUUUUAUGUAAAAAUGAAUAAAAUCUUCCGAUUAAUUUUCAAUCAUAUAUUUGAAAUUCAAACCCAGAUUUCAACGAUUGAUUGGGGUACACAAUCACACAAAGAUAGCUUAGAAAGUUUCCUUUUUUGGGAUUUUUAUGUAAAAAUGAAUAAAAUCUUCCGAUUAAUUUUCAAUCAUAUAUUUGAAAUUCAAACCCAGAUUUCAACGAUUGAUUGGGGUACACAAUCACACAAAGAUAGCUUAGAAAGUUUCCUUUUUUGGGAUUUUUAUGUAAAAAUGAAUAAAAUCUUCCGAUUAAUUUUCAAUCAUAUAUUUGAAAUUCAAACCCAGAUUUCAACGAUUGAUUGGGGUACACAAUCACACAAAGAUAGCUUAGAAAGUUUCCUUUUUUGGGAUUUUUAUGUAAAAAUGAAUAAAAUCUUCCGAUUAAUUUUCAAUCAUAUAUUUGAAAUUCAAACCCAGAUUUCAACGAUUGAUUGGGGUACACAAUCACACAAAGAUAGCUUAGAAAGUUUCCUUUUUUGGGAUUUUUAUGUAAAAAUGAAUAAAAUCUUCCAAUUAAUUUUCAAUCAUAUAUUUGAAAUUCAAACCCAGAUACAUACUCGUUUCAACGAUUGGGUGGCCAGAUAACACAAUCACUUCACUCACAGGAAAGCUUGCUAUUGCUGCAGCUGUUAUUUUCAAUAACUGAUCUCUACUGUUCAAUAUGACUCCUAUUGAAUGUGACUCCUAUUGAAUGUGACUCCUGUUGAAUCUGACUGCUGUUGAAUGUGACUGCUGUUGAAUGUGACUGCUGUUAAAUGUGACUCCUAUUGAAUGUGACUGCUGUUGAAUCUGACUUUGUGCACCUCAAGACCUUGCCUUGUUCAUUCACUGUUUCUAAUGUUUAGUGUUUUUUUUAUUAUUGUAUUAUAGUUUUCUUUUGUAUUCAUACAAAAAAAUGUAUCCUUUCUCACAAACAAAGAAUAUAUUAUUCUUUGAUUUGUUUCUUUCUGCCUUCAAAAAGAUGUAUUCUGUCAUACAAAGAUAAAUUGUUGUAAUACUCCCUCAAAUGAAUGAAUGGAUUGUUGUUUAGACAAAUGUGUACUGAGUUCUAUGUAUAUAUGUAAAAACAUGUUUCUUCUCUUUAUUUCGAUUUGUUUUGUUAUUCAUCAGUAUGAAGUGGAUUCGUGGAAAAGUGAUAGGGCAAGGAGGUUUUGCUACUGUCUAUAGAGCAGUACUCAAAGAUGGUGAUUUGGAAUUGGCUGUCAAAACCAGUGGAGCAUAUGGUGCUGAAGCUCUAAAAAAUGAGAGCUAUGUUCUGGACAAAAUUGGAACUUGUCCCGAAGUAAUUCGCUGUUAUGGAUACAGUGAAACUUUUGAGAAGGAGCAGCAUGAUUAUAAUCUGUUGUUGGAGUUUGCCACGGGAGGAAGUUUAUCUGAUGAGAUGAAGAAACAUGGAGGUCGAUUACUGGAACCAUACAUUCGCAGACACACCAAAUCCAUACUCAAUGGAAUAUACUUUGUACACUCUAAAGGUUUUAUACAUUGUGACAUAAAGGUCGACAAUGUUCUUAUUUUCCAAAAUGGAAAUGCUAAGAUAUGUGACUUCGGAUUAGCUAUGGAAGCUUCAGAGAAAGGUAAAGUGGAAUCAUCAAGGGAGUUAAGAGGCACUCCAAUGUAUUUGGCUCCCGAGUCGGUAAAUGAGAAUGAGUAUGAUUACCCUGUGGAUAUCUGGGCUUUGGGUUGUGCUGUUGCUGAGAUGUAUACUGGAAAACCUAUAUGGAACGACCCUCAACAAAAUCAAUGGGCAUUGUUACUACGAAUUGGAGGAGAAGAGCUCCCCGAGAUUCCACAAGAACUGUCAGAAGAAGGUAAAGAUUUUCUAAGCAAGUGUCUCAUUAAGGACCCUAAGAAGCGAUGGACAGCUGAGAUGCUUUUGGAUCACCCCUUUGUUACUGGUAUUGAGGUUGGUGAAUGUGAUAAUGAGUCUGAUAACAACAAGACUAGUUCAACAUCAUCUCCGAGGUGUCUACUUGAUUUUCCUAACUGGAUUUCCCAAGAAAUCAUUGGAGAAGGCGUUAGUGAUGAUAACACUCUUCUUCUACCGGAAGAUGCUGAAGUAGUAGAAGAGGAAGAGGAAGAGGAAGAAACAACUACUUUACCAUUUUCACCUAAAUGCCCCUUUGACUUUCCUCUUUGGAUCUCCCAAAUAAGCAAUGUAGAACAAAAGCAACAUGGAUCAGGUAUGAGCAGCAUGGUACCCACAGAUGAAGAAAGUGAAAAAGAAACUCCUCCAAAUGCUCUUGAAGAGAGUGGGGAGGAAGACGAAAAGAAAAUCUGAUCAAUUAGCUUAGAGCAAAAGGUAUAGAGCAAACAUGUAAGUUAGAGAAGCUAUAUACCUUUAUGCUCAACUGGAGAAGGUUAGCAUUUUAAUUUUAAUUUUGAUUAUUAUUUGGUUUUUGUGUUAUUUAACUCAUACUUACUAAAUUCUAAAUGAUCGAAUCGUACUGCAGCAGACAUCGUGUUGGAAGUCAAAGAGAAACACUGCAUUGGCUACUGAGACGGUUGUUUGCUAGUCAUUAUAACUAACACACCAUUCUGAAGCACAAACAGGUUUUAUUUAAUCAAAACUUUGAAUUCACUUGGUUUUGUGCAAAGAAAAAGUCGUUAGUAUCUGCAUAAUUUUAGCUCAGUGUUAUGGUUAGUAUCACUUAUCAUAUUUAUGAAUCUUAUGAUCGGUUUAUGUUAUUUCUAUUUAAGACACCUAGCUGAUUAUUAUUCACUGCUGAAACUGUGGUUCCAUUUUCUAUAGAAAGACCUGAUUACUAGUUAUUUGGAUGAUUUACUGAGAGUAUUUCUUUCUCUAUUUUCUAAGUAAUUAUCAUUUGCAUAGCGACGCCUAUGUUAAGGACGGUUGCAAAGGUGAGUUGGGCACCGCAGUUAGAGUGAAAGCUGUGAUGGGGAGGAUUUGAGAGAAAAAAAAUAUUGAGAGAGGGGGCCAAUGUUGCUCCCAUGAGGCACAAUCACACAAUGCACCAACUUGUUAAGAUGGCUACUGUGCAUCGAUGAGUGAAAGCUUUCCCGUACAAAAUGAAAUAUUAAAAAGUUUAAAGGGAAAAGCUAACCUUUCUACUACCCCUACAACAUCAAAAAUCAUAAGAACAAAGGGUGAAGGGUUCCUCAGUGCAUGGUGAAAUAAUAAAUGAGUUGAGAGUGGAAAAAAAAAUUGGAGGGAGGGGGCCGUUGCGGCUCCCAUGAGGCACAAUCGCACACACCACUCUUUCCCGUUAAGAAGGCUACCUAAUUUGUGGUUGAAUUGCUCCUUAAGCGACUAGCUUUGGUAUAGUGGUUUGGUUUCUAUGAUUAGGAUAUAUUACAAGGGGAAUAGGUUGGGAAAUUCGAUCGGUUUAUGUGUCUAAUAGCUUGUGGUCAGGUUUCUUCUUAUCACAUAUGUUUCACUUUUUUGGUCAUUUUUUCUGUCAGCUUUGUGUUUUGUUUAGUCAUGACAUUGCUUAUCAUUUGCUUCAUACAUCUUAUUUUGUGAUCUUUCCAUGACUAACUUUAUUCUUCAAUGCAUGUGCUCUUUGAUUAUUUUGAUGCACUCUUCCCUUGUGAGUUUGAAGUUUCAUCUUUUUGGCCUUGUUUGUUAACCUAUAUUGUGUGUAAUCCUCAUAGCAACACUGUCAAGUGGUUUCAAUGGAUUUGUAUAAGUUGGAAAAGGACUUCACACAUUAAGUCGUCUCCAAAGCUUUACUAGUGCCUCGGGAAACAAUUAUGAAUACCGAUGAAGUUCACUACUUAGGUUAUAAUCUUGGACAGAAAUUAGAGUGCAAGCUAUGUAUCUGAGGUUUGGAGAGUAAGAGUACUUAUUACAAAUUUGAGGUUCAGAAAGUAAGAAUAGUUGGUACAAAUUUGAGGUUCAAAAAUUAAAAUUACUUGGUGAAGAUUCGAGUUUAGAAAGUAAGAUUACUUUGGUACUGAUUCGAGAUUAGAAAGUAAGAACACUUUGGUACAGAUUUGAUUUAGAAAGUAAGAAUAUUUAGUAUAGAUUUAAGAUUUAGAAAGUAAGAGUACUUAGUACCGAUUUGAGGUUUAGAGAGUAAGAUUGCUUAGUAUAGAUUUAUUUGAGGUUUAAAAGUAUAUUGUAACAGAUUUGAGGUUUAAAAUGUAAAGUAUAUUGUAACAUAUUUGAGGUUUAGAGAAUUAGAGUACUCAGAGAAUAAACUCAUAGGUCUAGCAACAACAAGCACGCUAGCACUCGAUCAUUCAAGGUGGGAGACUAGGUAUUUUGAAGAGUCUUCCAACCUAAUCACUUAGGUAGUUGGUAAUGGAGCAUACAAACUCCAAACGCAACAUCAAAAAUAGCUGGAACGUUAUUCAUCUUAAGCAGUAUCACACUUAAAACUCCAAACUACUGUUCUAUUCUCUUUACAUUUAUUUUGUUUACUCUUCUCCACACACUACUUCUAACAAAUACUCAUGCAGGAAGACAGAACUACAUUUGGGCUUGAUCCCUGAAAAGGGUAUGUAGGCAGCUCUACCGAGUGCAGCCCCCCCCUUCUAACCAUUUUUUCCCUCUUUCUAAACACAAGCUUUCAAUCAGAAAGUACGUGAGGUGAGGAGGUUGUAUAGAAUUUUAUAAAGAAGUGGUUUCUAUUUGAUAAAUACUGUGAUGAGGCUCAUUACUUGGAUUGUAAUUGUUAAAUAGAAAUGAAAAGAGUAAUAAUGGUUCUGACACAGUGGAAAAGCUUGGAAUUGGAUACAGGUCAUGCUCUAAAUUUUGAAGGGUAUUGGCCAAACCAAACCACUGUAUAGUAUAAUUCUCUGAUGUUCUCUGCUUCUUUUACAUUUCUUUUGCUUACUUAAUAUUUCUGAAAAUGAUCACAUUGCACUUCUUUUCACCAUUUUAACAGUAUAAAGCACUAUGCAAGUAUGCAAUAUCAUUUCAGCAGUAGAAAACAUGUCUGUUCAGGAAUAUUGAGAAAUCAGUAUAAAGAGGAGAGCCACUGAGAAAGUUCCUGUUUGGAGCUUCCAUGAGGUACUUUUUCUGAUGUGACUAUUUCAGCUCUUCAAUUCAUUAUUAUUGUAUUAUAGCAUGAUCAGUAGAAACAAACUCUUUACUUACAUUAAUUGCUCCUUUCUCUACUGAUGAGGUCAGUUGGACCUGUAAAAUUGAAGUUGCUCAGCUCAACCUUCAUCUGCCUUGGAAGCUGAAUCUCUUGCUUUACAAUGUUUUCGGAUUUUCAAGAGCAGAACAAAGCCGAGAUAUGCAUGGGAUUUGAUAUACAGAUCUUUUCUGGUAUGUAAUAUUUAGUUUCUUUGGUUUAAUCUUCAUAGUGCUGUGGUAGUUGAUUUCAUUGGCCACCUAAUAAUAUUCAUUAUUUAGAAUAAUAUGUCACAGUACUGAGAUGAGGCAUUUGAGCAAGUUUUACAAUGCUCAAUAUCUGUCUCAAUUCUUAGUUAUAAUUUUUAGAUUCUUGUAAAGUUUAGUACCAAAUUUAGUGACAAAUCUCUAAAUUAUUGUACAAAACUCAUUUGUCUGACAUUUGUUAUCUAAGAUUAAGGAGUAAA